AGAAAUGUCGGCCUUUCGUCAUCCAUCAUCCACCCCAUCCAGGUUUCAGAAUCAAUCGGACUAUACCAUGAAGGCUCCGAAGCCACCAGAUAGGCCACUGGUUCCGUAUAUGCGCUAUAGCCGCAAGAUGUGGUCUAAGGUUCGCGCUGAAAACCCAGAUGCCCAGCUUUGGGAUAUUGGUAAAAUUAUCGGGCAAAUGUGGCGAGACAUCUCUGAUGCCGACAAGGCUGUGUAUCAGCAUGAAUAUGAAAUAGAAAAGGCUGAAUAUGAAAAAGCUUUCAAAGCUUACCAAAACUCUCAUGCGUACCAGCAGUAUAUCAGUGCAAAGUCUCGUGCAAAGGCUAAUGAAAAGUCCUCUCGUAGUCGCAUGGAAGCAGGCGGUGUUGUCAUUCAACCAGUAGAUGAGGAAGAUGCUGGAAACGAGCUCUCUUGCCGGCGUUUGGCUGCUGUACGUUUCGACCGCAAUCACCGGCUUAUUGGGGAUCUUUUCUCCCCUGCCGUUGUCACUGAUACUAGAACUGUCGUAGCACAAAAUCGCAUGGAUAUGUUGCGGAAACAAGCGCAGUCAUUGUCUGCUCAUCAAAAUAAGCUCGAGGAAGAACUUGUGAAGCUCGAAGAGAUUCAUCAGGAGAAGAAGCGCCAAAUCGAGAGGGGUAGCGAGGAGUUUGCCGAAAAUCUGAAGAGGGUCUGUGAGGAAAAACCGCAGUUGGACGAAGCAAAAUAUCAGGAACUGCUAGAAGAGAUGAAAACCAAACUGGCUGAGGCGUAUAAGGAGUACAAGAAGAAGCAGGAUGAAAUUAAUGCCAGGCUUGCUGCCGAACGCGAAAAGAUAGUGGAGGAGACCCCAGUUCUGGCGGAGCUCGUUAUGAGUGAUGAAAAUGAUGAUACUAACUCAAGGCCAUCGGAACCACCACCGACGGAAGAAAAGAAGGAGGAAGAAGCCAAACCUGAAGAUGCUACAGAGUCAAAGACUGAGGAGAAGCAUGAAGAGAGCGAGGCAGAAAGUGCGAAGAAGGAACAGCCCGAAGAGAAACCUGCGGAGGACUCCAACUAACGCGCUGUUUGCAAGUUUUUUGUUUGAUUGUUUAUUCUUCUCUAAAAUUUUGAUGGUCAAAUGUAGUUGUUGAUUAAUGGUUUCAAAUUUCCAAGCUGCAUCUGUGACUAUCAGAUAACGUUC